CAUUUGUUAUUUAAAUAAAGAAUUACAAUAAACAACGAUUACUGAAAAAAAUUUAAUAAAUAUCAAUUGAUAUGUAAUAUUCUAAGUUAUCUCCCCUACAAAUGACGCCGAGCACCAUGGAAGUAAAAGAACCGGAUUCGGUUAUUACAACCGAAGUUGAUCUGUUUACUGUCCGAGUGAACCUGUCAAUGCCAGGACUUCAGGUGAAGAAAAGUUUCAUGAAGUUUACGAAACCAAAACCACGUAAUGCAAAAGUCACCGUCAAAUUUGAAGGGAGACAGCUUGAAGUGAACGUCAUAAUGGAAGAGAAAAAUGUGAAUUAUCAGUUCAAAAUUAAAAAGUUACCAGGACCAAUUGUCAAUUGUACUGAAGAGUGCGAGAAAGACAGAGUAAUUCUUACCCUGACGAAGGAAAACGAAGAAUCUUGGGUAGCUUCCCUUGAGAAUGGGCUGGAAACGGCAACAUAAGCAGCUUGAAUGUCUUAACCAGCGCUGAUCGAUGGAGGAACAGAAUACGUCUUAUCAAAACUAACUAUCCCUAGCUCUGUAUAUCUAUACAUAUGUAUGUAUGUAGGUAUGCGUGUGUGUGUGUGUCUGUGUGUGGUAAUUGUUAAGUUUAGUUAUAUCAAAUAAAGAUUAAGGGGGAGAUAACUAGUAAAGGGACAUACAUAAGGGUCAACAUAAAUACCAGAUAUUAUUUACUUUGGAAUUGAUCAGAAUGGCGCACGUGGAAGAACCCGCGGGAACCACCAUUCAUUAUUCCUGAAAAUUGAAAUCCUCAACUGUGAAUCAAUCCUGCAAUGUCACCCAAUUAGCCGAAUCACGAGACAAGAUUCUUCAGUGGUUGGCACGGCGUCGACUAAUAAAUUUAUACUCGUGCGAAAAUUGGGAUCUUUUCGGUUUGAACGGCAGUUUUUAACAUAAUUUCUAGGUAACUAAAAAAUUUAAAACUUCGUAUACUGGUAGAAUGUGUUUAUAAAACAUCAUUUUCUCUUGGCUUUAU